GUCUUACCCUAACCGAGAAAGUGCAAGCUUGCGGGGAGCCAGGAGAGGCUGGGGAAAGGGUGCGAGUUGGCGUCCCGCAGCCAAGGCGCCCAGGAGGCGGUGUUGCUCCACAGUGGGUGAAGGAGGUGACCGAUCUCUGUCGCCCCGUGGCCGCCUGGAGCAAGAGGAGGAGGAUCUGCUGGACGGAGCUGGAGGCUAACCCCCUUUGCAGGCAUCAGCGGCGGCUGCAACGUGGAGCGACCCAGCCGGGUGUAGGCCACAGCGCGGCCGCAGGAGCAGGAUCGUCGCUGCCUGCUCCGGCCUCGGCGGAUCUCCGGGGCGGACAGUACCCCCACCGAGUCCCCAAGAGAGCGGUGCCGGGGCGCAUCUGCCUCCCCGCGGCUCGCCAGGCUCGCCCUCGGCGCGCGCACACGCACGCGCGCGCACAUCCACACGCACACUCAUCCACACACGUGUGGAAGGCAGGGCCGAGCCGCUCGGUCUUUGAACAUCUCAGUUAGAGCCCGGAGCAGCCCAGGCCGCCGCUCUGCGCUCCCUGCGGCCCUGAGCUCCUCCUGCCAUCCCCCGGACCUUCUGGACUCUUCCCUUUUGGCCUAAGGAUCCGAGUUCAGAUCCGCCACUCCGCACCCGAGCCUGACACACUGAACUCCAUUUCUUCCUUUUAAGUUUAUUUCUACUUCAGAGCCACUCACCCCCUCCCUUCUAGGGGAAAAAACAAACCUUUCUUACUCCUUAAAGCCCCCUCCCCUUGAGCAUCGCAUAUUAAUAUCUCCACGUUGGGAACGCGCUGCAUUUUCUUUUUUAAAAGGAAUUCCAGCCAGAGACGUUUUUCUAUUGGGCAUUGACUUUCGAUUGCUUUGCAAAAGUUUCGCAUUAAAAAACAAAACAAAACACAAAACGUUACCUGAUCCGCUCUGAGAAUUAUUGGUUUCUUUUUAUAUUUUUUUUCUUACUUUAAACAACAACAGCAGCAACGUUUCCACCUUUUAAAAAACAUGCACUACUGUGUGCUGAGAACCUUUUUGCUCCUGCAUCUGGUCCCGGUAGCGCUCAGCCUGUCUACCUGCAGCACCCUCGACAUGGACCAGUUUAUGCGCAAGAGGAUCGAGGCCAUCCGCGGGCAGAUUCUGAGCAAGCUGAAGCUCACCAGCCCCCCGGAAGACUAUCCUGAGCCGGACGAGGUCCCCCCGGAGGUGAUUUCCAUAUACAACAGUACCAGGGACUUACUGCAGGAAAAGGCAAGCCGGAGGGCAGCCGCCUGCGAGCGCGAGCGGAGCGACGAAGAGUACUACGCCAAGGAGGUUUAUAAAAUCGACAUGCCUUCCCACUUCCCUUCCGAAAAUGCCAUCCCGCCCACUUUCUACAGACCCUACUUCAGAAUUGUCCGCUUUGAUGUCUCGACAAUGGAGAAGAAUGCUUCUAAUCUGGUGAAGGCAGAAUUCAGGGUCUUUCGUUUGCAGAACCCCAAAGCCCGAGUGGCUGAACAACGCAUCGAACUGUAUCAGAUCCUCAAAUCCAAAGACUUAACGUCUCCAACCCAGCGCUACAUCGACAGCAAGGUUGUAAAAACGAGAGCAGAAGGCGAGUGGCUCUCCUUCGACGUGACCGAUGCCGUGCAUGAGUGGCUUCACCAUAAAGACAGGAACCUGGGAUUUAAGAUCAGUUUACACUGCCCCUGCUGUACCUUUGUACCAUCUAAUAAUUACAUUAUCCCGAAUAAAAGUGAAGAGCUCGAAGCGAGAUUUGCAGGUAUUGAUGGCACCUCCACAUAUACCAGUGGUGAUCAGAAAACUAUAAAGUCCACUAGGAAAAAAAACAGUGGGAAGACCCCACAUCUCCUGCUAAUGUUGUUGCCCUCCUACAGACUGGAGUCACAACAGUCCACCCGGCGGAAGAAGCGUGCUCUGGAUGCCGCCUAUUGCUUUAGAAAUGUGCAGGAUAAUUGCUGCCUUCGCCCUCUUUACAUUGAUUUCAAGCGGGAUCUUGGGUGGAAAUGGAUCCAUGAGCCCAAAGGGUACAAUGCCAACUUCUGUGCUGGGGCAUGCCCAUAUCUAUGGAGCUCAGACACUCAGCAUACCAAGGUCCUCAGUUUGUACAAUACCAUAAAUCCUGAAGCUUCUGCUUCCCCUUGCUGUGUGUCCCAAGAUCUGGAGCCACUGACCAUCCUCUACUAUAUUGGCAACACACCCAAGAUCGAACAACUUUCCAACAUGAUUGUCAAGUCUUGUAAGUGCAGCUAAGAUCCUCAGAAAAGCCACGACACGAAAAUCACGGUGACAAUGACACAUGACAACCACAAUGACGAUGAUGAUGUCUGUGACACGAGGGAGUUUGGAUUCAUCACUGUUUAAAAAUAAAAGUUGGAGAAAAAGCGGUACUAGUUCAAACAUUUUGCAAGCUUGUGUUCUGUUUGUUAAAACUGGCAUCUGAGAUUACAGCAACAACAAAAAACCAUGGAAGGCUUCAGUCUGCAUUUCACCUACUUCGUGAGAGACACAAAAAGAAAACAUCUUUUUUUUAAAGAAAAAAAUAAACACUGGAAGAAUUUGUUAGUAUUAAUUAUGUGAAAGAAAAACAAAACAAAACAGGAAAAUCCGUUUAGUGGAGUUGUACGUAUUGUUUCCACCCCACAUUUCUCCCCGAGCUUCUCCUGGUUCCUCUGUAUCGCUCUGCAUUGGGCACUUCCCUGUCCCUUCCUCUGAGCUAACAGUGGCUUAUUUAUUGUGUUACUAUAUAAUGAACCUUUCAUUAAUUGCCCUUGGAAAACAAAACAGGUGUAUAAAGUGGAGACCAAAUGCUUCGCCACAGACUCAUGGACGGCUUCGAGAAUCUGAACUCAAACCAGCUGGAAACACAGGAGGUCAGGCCGGGAUGGGACCCCCGUGAGUCCUUCUAUGACCGAGCAAGUCUGCAAAAGUAUAGACGCCCCCAGAACACGUGCUGUGUGCCAACUGCUAUGGAAGCUUCACGGGUGGCCAUACACUGAGAAGGCCUGUUAACAAAAAGACUUUGGAGUCAGUGGGAAUCUGGAAGAUUUUUUUCUUAAAUCUCUUUUCAUUGUAAAUGAUUCUUUGCCAGUUUAAGCAAGCCAGUGAAAUGUUGACCUGUAUUGACGUGUAUUGUCAGACUUUGGACCGUGAAGUGGCUGUAGAGCUCCGAUACAGGUUUUUUCCUUUGUCUUGGUAUAUGUAAUCACACUGAUACUAUUAAAAUAGAUGGGUCUAGAAGCCAGCAUAAUUGAAAACACAUCUGCAGAUCUGUUUUACAAACUAUUAAAUCAAAACAUUAACUACUUUAUAUGUAAUAAUGUAGAUCCUUACCAUAUUUUUGAUAUUCUGUAAUAAUGAUUGUGAUUUAGAUUGAACUUAAAUUUGAACUUUUUUUUUAAUGAUCAUUCAGAUUGUAUGUUUGUUUCCUUUAGCUGGCCAGUACUUUCGAAUAAAACCCCUAGAUUUUGGCUCGCAGUACAAAUUCAUUGUUUUAAAUAUUAUCUUCUCUGCUUGGCUUUUAUGUAUUGUCCAUUUAAUGGCAUAAGAUACCUGGGUCCAUUUUUCCCCCUUUCCUUUUCUUUUCCAAAAGACAUAAAACAAAAACAAACAAAGAGAACCAAAAAGAUAUGUUUAAGUUCUAUAUUUUCCCUCCAUCUUUUCUGGGUCAGUACUAAGUAGACCAGAUGAUGAAGUUUCUCCUGGGAAGACAGAGGUGUGUGAACACAGAUGUUGUUUUAGAGAGUGUUUAAGAAUCUGAACUCCGAAUCUCGGUGACUGGGCUAGGAAAAAAAUUCUGUAGCUUCCUUUAAUUCAUAUAUUUGUGGAAUCUUAUUACUGUUAAAAAGUGGACAGCUGAAAAGCAAGGGCACCCCUUUCUUUAGUCAGCCUUCGGUUUCAGGGUGAGAAUUGAGAGAUGCCCAUGUUGAGUUUUCCAAAGGGGAAAGGCCCAGGUCACAUUCAUCAUUUCAUUAACUUCCCCGACGUUCAGCUUUGGAAAGAAAUUACUUGAAAGAGCACAAACUAAAUUCCCCCUUGCCAAAAAUCUUCCUCCUUUCACCUGAGUGAGAAUGAUCUGGAGCUGAGGUUGGCUGUGGCUUGAGGAGCUAGGCUGUCCUCUCUUGCAGAGCCAGGGCCUGACACUGGGCUUUGCAGGGCAUCCUAGUUACGUACUUAACUUCAAAAUACAAACUAGUCCACAAAACCACGGAUUAUUUAUGGUCUGACCCGAAGGGCAACAUGGUGAGGUGUGAAUACAAAGAGAAUUUCUUUGAUAUGACAUACUUUUGGGGAGAACUUUCCUCUCUAUUCAUUAAGAUGAAGAACGGGAUUCGCAAGCCGGAAGACAGACAGAGCAAACGCUGGUGAACGGCCGAUAUGUCGGGUGCAGCACAAGCCCAGUUCUGCCUGUGUGUGCUCCUUUUUCUUCCCCCUCCACUUUUCUGUUGUUUCUAUAUAAGUCCCCUAGUUCUGCAAAUAUUUUCCUCUCAGAUAAAAUGAUGUUUUUAUUCUGUAUGAGUUUGUCUCUCCUUGAAUGCACUGACUGCUUUUUUCUUUUUUUAAGAUUUCUUGAAUCUUUUUCUCUCAUUUUUUUUAAAAGUCUGUGGAGUCUACAGGUCUUUAUUUCUCAUUAGUGAAUAUUGCCAUGGGAAGGGUGGUAGGAGGGGGUGCAUUAGCAUAUGGGAGGGGCAGCAGGUUGUAAGUGUUAAGCAACAGUACAAUUUUACGGCUGGCAUGGUUUUUAAAGAAUGGACUAUAAGAAUAGCUGUUCUGUGUUUUGAUGACCAACUAUGCUGUAUUUUAACACAAUGUAUGUCUGGUUUUUGUGGUGCUCCUAGUGGUAAAUAAAUUAUUUCAGUUGUA